CAAGCCACGGCUGCUGCUGCUCCCCAUCGUGUGCCAGAGAAACCUCUUCUCCCUGCUCCUCGUGGUCCAAGCCGUGGUGCCGAGGGGCUGCCUUGACCAGCUGCUCCAGGCUGCGGAGCAGGAUUCCCAUGUGGAUCCCUGGGUGAGGAUGCUAAGGGAUUUCCUCCGGCAGGGACCAAGGGGAGAGGAGUGCUCCCCACCUCCCUUUCCCUUGUCUUCCGCAUGCCAGCAGCAGCUUAGCUGUCUGUGCCAGAAAAUUGCCCAGAACAAACCAGAGGGGCAAAGAAAACUGAACUGGUGCUUCAGCAAGCAGCCCAGUACUGCUAAGGAUGUGGCUGACUCUGUGCUUCAAGGUGGGAAGUGCAAGAACGUGUCGGAAGAGGGCCUGGAGCUGGACAAGGAGAGAGAAGGGAAAAGAUUGCUGCUGGAGGAGGUUGCGUUUGACCUCCUGGGAACCCAGGAAAGUGGAGAUGUGGCAGGGCUGGAAGAGGAGGUGCCUGCGGAGACUUUGGGAGACAAAUCUGCUCAGAGCCUGGCUGGAGCUGCUCUGGAAAGCUCCCAGCAGGAUGCAGCUGGAGAGCCCAGGAAGAUUUCACAGGUUGAGCUGGCAGCAGAGGUCCAGUCCUUUCUCCAGGUGCACGGACCGAGGCUGAAAAUGCUGCUGCAGAAGGAGUCCGAUCACUUAGAGCUGAGCAUCCCACCCGAGCUGCACAUCCUGAACAACUGCUCUCCCGCCCAGCUCCAGGGACUGUGCUCCUUCCUCCAGCUCUCCACAUGCCCAGAGCACCUCCUGGUGCGUUUCUGCAGCUGGCUGCUGGCUCUCACCCCCAACCUCAGCUACACCAGCGCGGCCGUCCUGGCCGAGCAGCUCUUCCUCAGGCGAGUCCUGUCCCUCACCCAGCCGCCCUCCCGCCACCUCUUCGCUGCUCUUGCUUCGUUUUGCUCCAAGUAUUCUCAGCCCUUCUGUCGAGUCCUGGUGGCAGCGGUCCUGCGGGAGCCGGGGGAAGGUGCUGAGCAGAUCAAGCUGGUGUGUGAGCUCGUGGAGGAGUGCCUGGAGCCUGACUGUGUGCGACUGGUGCUGAGCCAAGUCCUGGAGGUGCCUUUGUCAGAGAAGCUCCUGCCGGUGGUGCAGGCUGUGCUGGGGCGGCAGGAGGUGCUGCCCCCUGAGCUCUUCGAUCUCCUGGUGCUGACUCUGUGCCGGCAGGCCCCAGCCUUCGCCACGUCGCUGAGUUAUGCCAAGCUGGUGACGGCCGUGCUCACCAUGUGCCAAAGCCAGGUCACCCCAGCCCACCGGAGCCAUCUGGCUGCCGCUCUGGAUCGGAGCAACGCGGCUCUGAAGAAGUCGCUGCAGGCUGUGCUGGAAGGAGCCGGGUGA